UAGGGCUCCGCCGAAAUUGGAUUUCAUCUCUGCUUUGCUGAUUCUGUGCUGUUGAAAAGAUCUUGCUAGAGCAAUUCGUCUCAGCCGGUCUUGAUCCUGGUCGUUUUAUUGCUACCAGUGACCACAUUCAAGAUACCGUGCACUGCGUCCAGUAACCACUUACAGCGAUGUCCAGCACCCCAGCCACACCUCGGAGGCAAGGCAGCCAUGAUCAGGAAAGCACCUCACAAGCAACCCGGGCCUCGUCGUCACACACGCUCCAGGCAUCCCCGCACUACCAGACGACACGGCGGCACUCGCUGUAUGGCACCGAGGAUCGCAUCAUAAUAGACCCGGGCUCACACAUCUGGAAGGUCGGCUUCAGCGGAGAGGGAAAACCUAGGGAUGCGUUCUUUGCUGCUGGACAGUGCGGAAUGUCGCUGUGGACGCUUAGUCGCUCGAUGAAGCCUGCGGAGGGGGAGGAAGAGGAGAGGAUGUUGGAGGCGCGGUUGCAGACAUCUUUACGUAGAGUGUUUCAUCACUCAUUGAUGACGGACCCGAAGUCGCGUAAGGUGAUUCUGGUGGAGCAUCCGCUGUUACCGAUGUACCUCAAAGAGAUGAUCGCACGACUGUUAUUUGAGAAUCUGCAGGUCCCUUCCGUAUCAUUUGCUUCCAGCCAUCUGCUAGCCUUGCUGGCGGCUGGACGCCUGACAGGACUCGUACUGGACUGUGGACAUUUGGAGUCAACAGUGUUGCCAAUAUACUCCUCCCGGCCACUGUUCCCACAAUUGCAAACAACCCCUCUCGCUGGCAUGCGCCUGUCAUCACAUAUACGCGCCCUCCUCCUGCUCUUCGGCACUUACCUCCCACCACCAACAUCGCUAAGCGCUGCAGCAAACAUCCCUGCCGCGACACGCUCCAUGCGCGUACCAGAGGAAGUCCUAACAGACGCAGUCAUAGAAGAAGUCAAGACCCGCUGCUGCUUCGUCGGCGACGCACUCGACGCGGAAUCUCGCGCCUUAUCUUCAUCCGGUGAUGACCCGAUGGAUGUGGACCUUCCCCCGAGCGACCCAGCGAUGUCCGAGUCAGAGUUCUCCCGCGUCUCUGCGGACUUUGAGAGCAACGUCUCGUCGCAGCAGGCCGCGUCCUCAGGGUUCUCCGUCGUCUCGCACUCGCAGGUGCCCAACCCGGACCAGCCUCGCCCUGGAGAGAGCCACCUGCAGGCACUCGCUACGAUGUACAAGCGGCAUUCGACGGCAACCGACUUGCACAUGCGAGUUGACCCGCCUGCGUCGCAGCAGACGGGAACAGGUAGGGGGACGCUGAUUAUCCCUGGUUGGAUUAGAGAGCGGGCCGCGGAGGUGCUGUUUGAGGGAGGCGAUGUGGACGAGAGCAGUGUCGCUGAAGUCAUACUUGACUCUCUUCUCAAGGUCCCAAUCGACCUCCGGAAAACCCUCGCAUCAUCCAUCCUAGUCGUCGGCGGCACCCCCAUGCUACCAGGCUUCAUCCCACGCUUACAAGCAGAACUCGUACGAGCAGUGUCGACACCAUCGCCUCCAGCUUCCCAUCCCUCAAGUCAUCCGGGCCAGCCAAAGUACGAACCAUACCACCGCUACGCCUCACUCAGAGCCCUCGCCAGCCACUUCGCCAUCCUGAACAACCCCUCCCCGCCAGCGCCAGCCUCCGUCAGCAGCAGCGCCAACGCAGGCAAGGCGCCCGCGUUCACUCCAGCAAUGAUGGCCUGGAUCGGCGGUUCCCUCGCUGGAGCGCUGAAGACGGGUGGUCCGGAGAUUUUGCGUGAGAAAUGGGACGAGGCAGGUGUACAGGACGAUGGUGACGGUUUGGGUGGCGUCCUGGAUCCAGGACGGUCGCCGACUCUUCUUCUGCCGGAUUGGACGAGGAUACCGCUGCCCGUUGGCGCGCCGCCCGCGCCGCGAGCUCUUUCCCAUGUUAGCGUUCCCAACCCGCCUCAGACCGAAGUUGGCGCAUGAACGACUUUAUAUAAUCUACGCAGUUCUUUCAUUUGGGCCUGCAAGCCCUGUCUAUGUACGUACGCGAAACAGUACGUGUUGCAACAACUAUUCGAGAAGACGUAAACAGUC